AUGGUUGCGAUUCAUGGAAAAGAAGUCACACAUAGGAGUGCUAUUGCAGAGGGAUUUAUCAUAUUCAGCAACCCAGAAUCGAUGAACUCGCUGCUAUUGGAAAGCAACAAGAAGGGAGAUGUGAUCUCAAUCGCGAGGAUUGCAGGUAUCAUGGCUGUGAAGAAAACCGCUGAAUUGAUUCCGCUCUGUCAUCCAAUCAGCAUCACUGGAAUCAAGGUUGACUUGACUCCCAACAAGAAAGAAAUUUCUGUCAAAGUACGUUGUGAGGUCCACUGUGAUGGAAAAACUGGGGUUGAGAUGGAAGCAUUAACAGGUGCAACAGUUUCGCUGCUUACCGUUUAUGAUAUGUGCAAAGCUGUCGACAAGAUGAUGAGGAUUAGCGAUUGUCGAGUUGUCAAGAAAUCAGGGGGUAAAAGCGGUGACAUAGAUCUCUAUCAUCCAUCUUCAAAUAGCGAACAUCAUAGAUAG